AUGGGAUUGGCGCUGCAGCAACGAUUUGAGGCGCAAAAGGAAAUCAGGGUUCGCCGCAUCGCGCAUGUGCUCAACACCUUUUACCCCGACGACUUAAACAGGAAGGCUCGGACUGCGACAUUUUGCGCCCCGGGCCACGAGUGUCGCACGUAUCGCGUCGGAUGCCUCGUGGUGAUGUUUUGGUGGGGCGAGCUGGGAAAAAGUCCUUCGCGCUUACCCUCGGAGAUCAACAACUGGGUCGAGAAGACGCAAGACGGAAACGGACUGUUUGACAAGUUUCAUGAGAAAAACUUUGCGCGACCUGUCAACAACGGGCCAUUUGAAAAGGACAUGGAUAUGGGCAUUGCCGAAGACUUCAUGCCGGCCUACAUCGUGAGCGCCAUCCGGGUGGACAAGGCCGAGAUGCCAUGCCAUCAGCAGGGAAUAUCAGCCCCGCAAGUUGGCGGUCACGUCCGCAAGCUGGAGUGGCUUGACACACGCAAAAGGGGCUCUAUGGAGUCGACGUGCUACGCGGUGAUGGAUGGAUCUGCGUCGAUGGGCAGCGUCCACGUCACGCUCGUGGCGAAGGACUCAAGCUCACAGGAAGCUGAGGUGCCGCUGCCGUGCUUAUGCAAACGACUGCAAGUUCACAUUCUUUCUCCAUGCCAACCGGGUGAUACACAUUUACGUCUACUUUCAGUGUCCAGGUGGCCAGAGGGUACUGCUGGACGACCUUAUUUCCUGAUCCCAAGGACGGGGAACGACCCGACCCUUACGAUAAUGUUAUUUGGGAUGGUUGGCGCAUCGGUCGCGGAAAUGCAUGGAAAGCCGAUCCUCUAUGCGGCAAGGAAGCGGGUGGCCGAUCGGAUCGUUUACGGGGAAGCUAUCCAACUCGGCAACUGCGCCAUC